CCAUAAUGUGUGCAGUGAAGCCCGAUGGGGUUCCCCAGCUCUGUCGAACAGACGAAGUAGGCGAGCUCUGUGUAUGCGCCAUUGCAACAGGAACAUCCUAUUACGGACUCUCUGGGAUGACGAAAAACACAUUUGAGGUUUUCCCUAUGACCAGCUCAGGUGCACCAAUAAGCGAAUACCCCUUUAUAAGAACUGGAUUGCUGGGAUUUAUUGGCCCAGGUGGACUGGUUUUUGUUGUCGGCAAAAUGGAUGGUCUGAUGGUUGUCAGUGGACGGCGGCACAAUGCAGAUGACAUCGUAGCCACAGCGCUGGCUGUGGAACCAAUGAAGUUUGUUUAUAGGGGAAGAAUAGCAGUGUUUUCAGUGAGCGUCCUUCACGACGAGAGGAUAGUUAUUGUUGCUGAGCAAAGACCAGACUCCACGGAGGAAGACAGCUUUCAGUGGAUGAGCAGAGUGCUGCAGGCUAUAGACAGUAUUCAUCAAGUUGGGGUUUACUGCUUAGCGCUGGUGCCAGCAAACACACUCCCAAAGACUCCCCUAGGUGGAAUCCACUUAUCAGAAACAAAGCAGCUUUUCCUGGAAGGAGCACUGCAUCCCUGUAAUGUGUUGAUGUGUCCACACACCUGCGUAACAAACCUGCCUAAACCAAGGCAAAAGCAACCAGAAAUUGGCCCUGCCUCUGUGAUGGUGGGGAAUCUGGUCUCUGGGAAAAGAAUUGCUCAGGCGAGUGGCAGAGAUUUGGGGCAAAUAGAAGAUAAUGAUCAAGCCAGAAAGUUCCUGUUUCUCUCAGAGGUCUUACAAUGGAGAGCGCAAACAACUCCUGACCAUGUGCUUUACACGCUGCUAAAUUGUAGGGGAACAAUAGCGAACUCUCUUACAUGCGUUCAGCUGCACAAGCGAGCUGAAAAGAUAGCUGUUAUGUUGAUGGAAAGGGGCCACUUGCAAGAUGGAGACCACGUUGCUUUGGUCUACCCUCCAGGGAUAGAUCUGAUCGCUGCAUUUUACGGGUGUUUGUACGCAGGCUGUGUGCCGAUAACAGUUCGACCUCCGCAUCCACAAAACAUUGCAACGACGUUGCCUACAGUGAAGAUGAUUGUGGAGGUGAGUCGCUCUGCCUGUUUAAUGACGACGCAGUUGAUAUGUAAAUUGCUGAGGUCGCGAGAGGCAGCUGCCGCCGUGGAUGUCAGAACGUGGCCCCCCAUAUUAGACACAGAUGAUUUGCCAAAGAAACGGCCUCCUCAGAUCUACAAACCUUCUAACCCUGACAUGCUGGCUUACCUGGAUUUCAGUGUAUCGACGACUGGAAUGCUAGCCGGGGUGAAGAUGUCUCAUGCAGCCACUAGUGCCUUUUGUCGUUCUAUUAAGCUGCAGUGUGAGCUUUAUCCUUCUAGAGAAGUUGCUAUCUGUUUGGACCCUUACUGUGGACUCGGGUUUGUCCUUUGGUGCCUCUGUAGCGUUUAUUCAGGGCACCAGUCUAUUUUGAUUCCUCCCUCAGAACUGGAGACCACACCUGCGCUCUGGCUCUUGGCCGUGAGUCAGUACAAAGUGAGAGAUACUUUUUGCUCUUACUCAGUCAUGGAGCUUUGUACCAAGGGGCUUGGUUCGCAAACAGAAUCUCUGAAGCAAAGAGGACUGGACCUCUCAAGGGUACGGACAUGUGUGGUGGUGGCAGAAGAACGGCCUCGAAUCGCCCUGACGCAAUCUUUUUCGAAGCUUUUCAAAGAUCUGGGCCUCCACCCCCGGGCUGUCAGCACGUCGUUCGGCUGCCGAGUUAACCUAGCCAUAUGUUUGCAGGGGACAUCGGGGCCAGAUCCAACCACUGUGUAUGUUGACAUGAGGGCCCUAAGGCAUGACAGAGUGCGUUUAGUAGAAAGAGGAUCCCCACAUAGUUUGCCUCUCAUGGAAUCGGGAAAGAUCCUCCCUGGAGUUCGUAUCAUUAUUGCUAAUCCAGAAACAAAGGGACCCUUGGGAGAUUCUCAUCUUGGAGAGAUAUGGGUUCACAGUGCUCAUAAUGCCAGCGGUUAUUUUACCAUCUACGGUGAUGAAUCCUUGCAGUCAGAUCAUUUUAAUUCAAGACUUAGUUUUGGAGACACACAAACUAUCUGGGCACGGACUGGCUAUUUGGGGUUCUUGAGGAGAACAGAACUUACAGAUGCAAAUGGAGAGCGACAUGAUGCACUUUAUGUGGUAGGUGCACUAGAUGAAGCCAUGGAAUUGCGAGGAAUGAGGUAUCACCCCAUAGAUAUUGAGACAUCUGUAAUAAGAGCACAUAAAAGCAUUACGGAAUGCGCGGUGUUUACCUGGACAAAUCUGUUGGUCGUUGUUGUUGAGCUCGAUGGAUCAGAGCAAGAAGCCUUAGACCUGGUUCCUUUGGUCACCAAUGUGGUCCUGGAGGAGCAUUACCUGAUUGUAGGAGUGGUGGUAGUGGUGGACGUUGGUGUAAUUCCUAUCAACUCCCGUGGAGAGAAACAACGUAUGCACCUACGAGAUGGAUUUUUGGCAGACCAGCUAGAUCCCAUCUAUGUGGCCUACAACAUGUAGUCUUGUAUCUUUAAGGCUUCCAUGGACUUUACUCUAGAUGUAUAAAUUUUUUUUUGACGUCCACUGAACAAUGUGCUGAAAAGGAAGUAACUCUCUUCAGAACGGAACUGUUUCUAUUAGGACUUUUUGAAGUGCUCGUUAUUGGCAGGACAUAAAAUGUGAAAUGUGUUUCUUUUACCACUACAUUUUAGCACAGAAGGACUUUGGGGUACUGCCUUCAGUUUGUUGGAAAACCCAUUAUUAGACUUUUUUAAAGAAUUAUUUUUUG